GCUCCCGCCCGCCUUUCGCCUCCUCGCCGCGUGCCGUUAGCAACUGCGGCUGUUGCCACCCGAACCCCGGCCCUUCCGGCCGCCGCCGCCGCCCCCGUUACCUGCCGGGAGCUGUAGUUCGGUCGGGUGCGCAGGGCCAUGCCUCGCCGUUCGGCCGGGACUACAGCGUGGGGGGUGCUUCCCGGCUCCCCGCCGCCGUGCGCGCUGGGAGCUGUAGUCCUCCGUGGGGCACGGCGGCGGGCGGGAGGAGGCCGGGUGGCUGAGGCGGCGCCAUGAAGCGGAGAGCGGGGGAGCGGGAGAAGGAGCUGAAGAAGAAAAAGCUUCUUGAAGAACUUGGAGAGAGUAGACUGCCAUAUAUGACACCAGCUGACGCUGACUUCCAUCAGUUGUGGAAGACCAAGUAUUCCAAGCUAGUUUUCAGAAAAUCUGAUACAGUACCUGAAGAACUCCAUCAGAUGGUACAAGAGAGCUUUUUAACCUUGCGAAAACACGAUUGUUUCUUUCAAGAUCUUGUAAGGAUCAAAGGAAAAGAUUUUUUUACCCCAGUGUCUCGUAUAUUAAUUGGAAACCCAGGAUGCACUUACAAGUACUUGAACACAAGAUUAUUUACAGUUCCUUGGCCUACUGAGGGUUAUGAAAUAAAAUAUUGCAGUCCUCAAAUACAUGAUGCUUGUAAAGCAUUAAUCAAACUUAAUGACUACUUGCACGUUGAAGCAGUCAAGGCAUUACAAGGACAAAAUUUGCUUGAGUCCAAAGAAACUGAAGAUACUUCUGUAAUAGAUAGGGAGCAAAACUUUGCUACUUCUCUUAGGGAGAAAGGGUCUGUCUCACAAGAUCAAAGCAGUUGUUAUGUACCAGAGGAUGACUUCACAAGUCUAAAUAGCAGAACAUCUUAUAAUGUGACUUUAUUAAAUUAUAUGGAUCCUCUACAAAUGCUGUACUUGAAACAAGAGCCUUAUUUUGGAAUGGGGAACAUGGCAGUGAGUUGGCACCAUGAUGAGAAUCUGGUUGAAAGGUCAACAGUUGCUGUGUACAGUUACAGCUGUGAAGGUUCACCUGUUGAAGAAACUUAUGAUCAGAAACUGGAGGGAAGAGACCCAGCUGUUUGGCACGUAGGCUUGAAGGUAGCAUGGGACAUAGAGACACCUGGAUUAGCAGUACCACUUCGCCAAGGAGACUUCUACUUGAUGCUUGAUGAUCUCAAUACGACACAUCAGCACUGUGUUCUGGCUGGCUUUUCACCUCGAUUCAGCUCCACUCACAGAGUGGCAGAUUGUUCAAGAGGAACAUUGGAAUACAUAUUUGGACAAUGUGAACUGGCGCUCCAGAAUUUACAAACUGAUUCUAAUUCAAGGGCUUUAUCUUUGAAAUCACUGGAAACUGCAGUUGUAAAACAAGUGGAAGAAAUACAUAAUGAGGUUGAAUUUGAGUGGCUCAGGCAGUUUUGGUUUCAAGGCAAGCGGUAUUUGAAGUGCACUGAUUGGUGGCUUAAACCAAUGGCUAAAUUGGAAGAAUAUUGGAGAAAAAUGGAGACUAUGACAAGCCUGGUCCUCCAUGAAGUUAGAAAAAAGGAGCAAACUGAGGAACAAAGGAAUGAAACCAUCAGCUGCUUCUUGCUAGUUCUUACUGAGCGACAAAGGCUACGUAAAGAGUGGACAGCAAGGUGCCAGUCAGAAGCAGCAGAGAGCUUGCCAGAAGACCAGAAACCGGAAUGCCACCCCUUCUGGACAAAUGAUGAAUGUAAUAUGCCUCUGCCAUAUGAUCUUGAGGAAGUAAUAGCUCACCUACAAAAUCUUGUUCAGUAGGUAGAAUAUCAGGUGACCUUCCAGCCUAGAAUUAUUAAUGCUCAUCAUUUGGAGUAAGUUUUUAGUUAGCAUAAAUCUUUUAAUCUUUAUGAUUCCUAGGUUAUGUGUUGGUUUAUGUGUCAGUGCAGAUUUUAGUGUUCUCCACACAGUCCCUUAGUUACCGUCUCACAACAAAACUGACCAGGCACCAAAACUACAGAAAGACUUGGCUUUUAAGAUGUGAAGUCCAGAACACCAGCCUCUGUUCUUUCCUCUUCAUUCAAAUCCCCAUUGAUCCUGUAACCCAUGGAUAGUUGUGUUUCCACAAGUUCCCCAGACAUCUACAUUUUAGCUUGCAUGAGUGCCUAGAACUGCCUCUGGCUCAGCAGUUUGAACAACAGAAAGCAUAGCUUACACCUGUGACAAAGCAGAAUCCAUGAUCUGGACAUCCUAACGAGAGGCCAGCUUGGAGGGAGCCUGCUAGGUGUGUCCGGAUAGAGCUGUGCACACAAUAUGGUAACAUCUUUAUCUAGUAAUGUAGGCAGAGGUAGAGGAAAUGGUGGAGAAAGUCCUUUAUGGAAUGGCUCCUUGUCAGAGCCUUUGUAAAAUGGAGGAACUUGUGAAGGAGCAUCCUGGCAUAGAUACUAAGCCUUUUCUGCUGUUUUUCAUCAUGGCAAUUGUAUGGUACUUUUUGUAUUUCGUCAGAAAUGGGUUUUGGAAAUCACGAGCAUGAUGCUGACAGUAAGUCAGCCUCUCAUGGCACCUGUCAUCUCAAGGUGUGAAGCACUCCCAAGUACUAAACCCUUCAUAUACAAAAUGGCGUUACAUUGUGUGUGUAGAAGAUCUGACGUGUCCAUUAUUAGACCUAAGGUGCAUCCUCAUUGUCUGGGUUUUGGGCAAGCUAGGCUUGCUUGCUAGUCUCAUCCCCACACAAUUUUACGUGCCUGUAUGGCUUUAUCAAGAACAACUGACAGUGUUUGUCCUGGUGGCUGGGUUUUAAAAAACUUUCCGAACUAGGGACUUCCUACCUGGACCCUCAUGGGCAUAGGCCUCUGAAAGAAAGUGCUCACAGGUUCAGUCCGAGGCGUGCACAGCUCUGCUGUGGCAAGACAGCUUACAGUUUGUCUUUUAGAUGCUUCCAGGAAAUUGGAAGAUGUGGAUUUGGACCUUUUCGGCCUAAGAACAUAAAUCUGCUGUCUCCUAUUCCUGGUUUGUGCUCUAACAGAUGCAUAAUUACAUCUACCUUCCUUUAGGAAGAAUGGCGUGAUCCAUCAUUUGUACCUCUCAGAAGGGCCUUUGAGGCCCACACACGGGAGAUUUCCAACAUGUAGCAAUAUCUCGUGGGUUCCCUGGAACUCAGAAUUCGUUUCCUAACCUUUGCUUUGUUUCUGCCUUUUGUGAAUCCUACUCUGAGGCCAGGUUUCCCAGUACCUUGUCCAAAGAGCCAUGGGUUUCCAUUUUGGGUCAGGUCCCCUGACAAAAUAGAUUUAGGUUGUGUGAUAGACGGCAUGGCAACAUCUGUGAUGAUCUAGCCAUAAGAACAAAUCCAGAAGACUAUGAGAAAUGAAGCUGCUAUGAUCUGGUUUGUAAUAAUAUGCUAUAAAAAUAACAAUUCUGUAUUGGAUAAUGUCUUGAAUGAGAGAUUUUUCAUUUUGUUAAGUUGCUAUUCUUACUUGAGCUGGUGUAUGCCUUUUCCUUCAUCAUAAAAAGCAGAAGAAAAUUAUAUUACAGUAAAACAGCACUCAGUCUGUAUUACCACUACAAAAAAAAAAAAAAGCAGUAAGAUUCAGAGCUUGACAUUGCCACCAAGAAAUGGAAUACGUCUCCUGUGUUAAUCUUCUGUUUAAAAUCGCUGCUGGGGCCAGGCUUACCCAGAGCAUACCAGGAUACUCUGUUGGCAAAGCGUUCUGUGCGUGGAUGAGUACUGCUGAAAACUCUGCUUUUGACAGUGUAACAUAUGCCAGACCUCCCUGCAGCUAAAGAAGCUGUGCCAGCAAAAAUUCAGUUUUAGUGGUAUAAAACUGUGUCCACACCUACCAGCUUUUGCCAGGACAAUUAUAUCAAGUAGAGGUUGUGCCUCUUAACACCUUUGACACAGCUAUGCCAGCAAAAGUAUAAAGGUCUGAGUCGAGUGUUUUCAUUGUAUUCCUGCACUUCUGCUAAGGCUGUUAGCCACCGUAUUGAAAGCAGACUCUUUGAAAAAUAAAUUAUUUAAAUUAAGUUUAAUUGUAUUAUAACUGUAAUCCACACAUCUAUCUGUUGUCUCAUGUGCCACAGAUUUGUUGACAUUUGGAGAUCCUUUGUUAUGGGCAUAGCUUUUUCUUUCCUGCGCUAUCUAAAGCUAGCUUUACCAGUGGGCAAAUAGCAUAUAUUUGGAUUAAUGCCACACUGAAUACUGCUUACUUUGGAGAUCACUUAGAGAAAAGCUAGCUGAAGAUGUGGGAAUUCUGCUUUUGAAAAAGGCAGUUCUCACAGAAACAGAUAUUGCUUUGGAAAUGAGAAAGAUAAAUUCAAACAAGCUAAUGAUGUAACACUGUUAACACAGGGUUUGAGGGGAUUGUUUGUUUAUGUUACUUUAUGAUUUUUUUGUGUGUUUAAUUAAGCUCUGCUAGAAACCAUGGGGAUCACAGUAUUGAAAUGAAUCUGACAGCCAUAAAAGGGUAGAGGAGGCACAUCAGCGCUGUAGUUUCUAGCUGAAGCGGAGGCAUAGCUAUUAAAAAAUGAUUGGCAAAUAAUUAUUUCCAGCAGUAGUGAAACAACACUGUUUUUUUGUUGUUGUUGUUAUUGCUGUUUUUUUCUUGUGUUAGGAGAGUGGUUGCAGCAAUAAUAGAAUGUUUAAAAAUACAUGAUUCUGGGUCUUGCCUACGCUGCACAUUUAAGCUAGUGAAUUAGCUGAACUAGUACUAGCCUCGGUGUGGUCAAAUAGCACUCAGUUAAGCCAAGGGUGGCAAUGACAGACAACUGAAAACCUUUGGAAUGGGUAAUACCUAAGUUUCACUGGCAAAAUACCAAUAAUCAAGUGGUUAAAGAGAAUUAACCCUCUAUGUUGCAUUCAAGUCUCACAUCAUCUGAAUCAGUGUAACUUGAUUGAAUUCAGUUGAGAUAUAGAAGUAUAUGGAGGUUUCAUCUCUCCAAAGCCCACAGGAGUUGAUGGCAAAGACAUGAGUAAGGUUUAUGAAACUGUUUGAAGCAUGUAGUAAUUCCAAAGGGUACCCCAAGAGAAGAACAUGGUUAAAGGUAAAAGAAAACUGAGAGGUCAAAUAUAAGUUUUUGCUGUGUUUGAGGUAUAUACUAGAAGCAGGCAAAUAUUUCAAAGUUUUCUUUAUUUUAUUCAAAUAAUUUUAAUGUAGUUCGUUUUGCAAUGAUACUUCAGCAAUCCAUUUGUAUUCCAGCACUAAAUAACCCGUUACCAUUUUGGAUGAGCUGAAAAACGCAGCCUCUAAUGGAUGUUCUGAGUAUAGCAACUGUUUGCCAAGUCUGAAUGCUGUAGAUGCAUAAGGACCAAGGUCAGUUUGUUUCAGGGAAGAGGUGAGAGCAUAAAUUAGCUUCUAACAUUAGAUUCAAUGAUUCUUUUAAAAUGGUGAAGUUCAUGGCUUUGCUUACAUUUACUUUUCAUCAGUCAUGAAAGAAUUAAGGUAAAAUAGUUCACUUGCACGUGUGUGUCAGGCUAAAUGGAUUACAGAAGAUACAGAUCUGUUUGCCUGUCUGCACUUGCCUUUAGACAAUAUUCAUCAAUUUUACUAAAGCUACUGACUAAACAUGGAACCAAUACAAAUGAAAUGCUCAAGGCAAGGGCUUUCUUUAAAAAUGAGAUAGAGAGUUGGUUUUACACUCAUAGAAAGAAAAUGUUGGCAGAAAAUGAAAAACUUCUAUUGUUUAUGUAAUGCGGGGGAUGAAAGGUAAAGGCCAUUUUUAAGUAGUUGAUAGAAAACUGCUGUGUUACGCCAUGUAAAUGAUAAAUGUUUUUAUACUGCUUUAUUCUUAUCUCCGCAUAUGAAAAUAUUUUAUCUUGUAGGUUCUUUCUUGUUGUUAAAAGGUUAAGUAAAUAAAAAAUAUUAAUCCCAGUACACUAGAUUUUAAAGAAAUCAUGCUUAUACUCUGAACAUUACAGCAGAUCCUGAUUGUCUAAAGUGUAAAUAAGAAUGUUAUGGGUAGUCACCAACUGGAAACUGUCCAGGAUGGGUAACAUGCAGCAUAAUAAAUACCCAAAUCAGUUGUCUUACUGUCGUCCAGAUGCAGUUUUUAGUUUCACUGAUAAUGAUGUAGCUUUACUUAGCAAGACAUACUUGAAAGUCAUUCUAGACCUUUUAAUGCUGUGAGCCAGACUCAGGGAUUCUAGUGACAUAACAGGGGGGAAAAAUAAAUAAAUACAUUAAUUAAUACCAAAGUCUAUCACAACAGAUAAUUAAAGUACCGUAGUGUGUUACCAGUAGGCAUUGCUCCUUUCUCAGUUAUCGUAGUGCAGUUCCCUUAGCCCUAUGUCAUGCAGUGGAAUUUGGGCUAAUGUAGCAGAGAUGAAACUGGUUGAUGUUGAAGGUGGGAUGAGAGGAGGGGAAGAGAAAAGACAUGCAAGGGAUGUGCCGUCACAAGACCACAACUUUAUUAACUUAACUCAUGUGGGAAUCAUCGAGCAGUAACUUGUACAGUGCAGGUCCUGACCUCUCCCUUGAUUGCUACCACCUGGUCCAUAGUUAAUGGUAGGUCCUUAACCCUCCUCGUGCCCCCAACAGCUGGUCCCCAGCUUUUUGCUGGGGCCUGACCACUGUCAUCUUGUGCCCAGGUUACAGAGUUAGGAAGAGUGCUUGUUCCACUGUUAGGAACAGGCAUGAGAAGCACUGUUCCCAAGCUUAGCCUCCACCUCUGUCCCACUACACCUCUAUGGACUGUGUACCUCCAUACAACAUCUGUUUCCUCUUGAGGUUCAAGUUGUUGCAGCUCGUCUUCCGCUCUGCCCCACGGGGCUGGUGAGCUGCUGUGGGGAAGGGCCAGACAAACAGAGCACAGGCCACAGAGAGGUUCCUUGUCCCAGCAAAGACCACAGCAGACUGAAAAGCUCAGCCCUACGCUAAUCUAGGGUUAGAGGGUGGGUGCUGUUAGGUAGUGAUGAAGGCCUUGGGAGGAGAGGCCAGCACUCAGUGUUUCUAAGGACCCCCAACCUGCCCGAUUCUGGCUGUCACUUCACCCCACCUGUAAGAGCAGAGGCAAUCCUGAAUAGCACCAAUGUUCUUUUCCCUUUCCAGUCCAAAUUCAAAAUCAUCACCUUUAAUGUCACUGGGCUUGUGUCUUAAUUUGCAUUCAUCUUUCCGAUUCACCUUAGCCUGAGGCAUUCAUUGAACAAGAGAAGAUAAUUUAUACGUUUGCAAAAAGACUGUACUUAGUAAGGGUGCAGAAUUGGCUGAAUAAUAUGUCAAAUGAAAGCCAACAGAUAACUGAUAAAAUGAUCACAUUAAAAUGCUGAUGUUUGGGAGUGAGCCCUUGGCACAUGACAUGAAAACUACGCUUUAUCUGCUUGUUGCUUUGGAGCCAGCACUCAAUUCACAUGAUAGAAAAGGACACGCUAUUCUGCAGUUUACAUCCUCUAAUACCCUAUUGGUUUUACAGUGCUGAAUUUGGACACAAAAGUUGCUCUCCUCCCCCUCCAUAUCGUCAAAUACUUGCUUUCAUGCCAACACAUCUUGGUCUGAUUAGUUUCCUUGAUUAGAGGCUAAAGUAAAAAGUCAGGUGUAUAGGAUUCCCAUUAUCCUUUAUUCCUCUGGUUCUAAGAACAGGUCAGAUAGAGUUAUUUCAGUGAAAAUGUGAACAAUCAACUUCUGUUUACCAUUAACCUUCAGUUUUCUUUUCUUAAAAUCAAAUCAGGGCUUGGUAGGCAGUUAUUUUCAUACACGUCCCUUGAUCAGUGGAACAAUCUGUCAAAAGCCAUUAAAGCCUCUGUUAGGUUGAAUUGCAUUCAAAGCUAAGCUAUCCAAUCAUUUAAAGGGCUAUGAUGAUUGUUUUUAAUACAGUAUACAUUUAUUUCUCUCUCUGAGUAGUAGCAUAACUUUGAAACUGAGCCUGUAUGACUAGCGCUUUUUGCUAUCAGCAAUCCUGAGAGGCUUGGUUUGCUGUAGAAGGUGAAUGUCUACGUAAAAGAGGAAAAAGUGAACACAGUGAUAUCACCUGUGUGUUCUCAGAAGUUUUUUCACUUCUUUCCUACUUCAUUACAUCAAUCAAGGUGUAAUGCAUAUGGAAUGGGAAGACAUUUUCCAAGCUCCUUUGCUCAAACAUUUCACCAAAAAAAUUAAUGGCUAAUUGUAGUAAUAUUUUAAAGUGGCUUUUGAUCUUAAGAUCUCAGGAUGCUUUACACAAGAGAAACUGAGGUAGAGGUCAAAUGUGCAGAUGUGUUCUGAGUGCUAAUGCUGAAGCAGAGCAUACAUAAUGCCCCGUCACUGGCGUGUCCUGAUUACUUCCAGUUAAUCAGCUCCAGUUACGGGUUAAGGAUGCUCUCAGAGAACUUUUUUCUCUAAAGAUAUAUCUGAAAGCAGAGCUGGAAUCUGCCCUUCUCAUACAAUAUUUAACGUAUUAUUUAAUUGUACAACACAUGGUAAUACAUCUCAUGUAAUAGACAUCUUUCAGGCCUCCUAAUGCUUGAUUAAACUUUAGAGUGAAUCUUUUAGUUACAUUCCAAGUCCCUGAGGUCUCAAUGGGAAAAGGUGAAUUUUACUGGAACUAUUAAAUUUUUCCACGGAGAAUAUGCAGAGAAUAUUACAGUACAAUCCACAUUCUUCUGGCUCUGUUUUAAAUACAUUCACUGGACAGCCCCCCAGGGUGGUGUAACUGCUGUACUAGGAAACUGAAGAAAAUCCCCUGUGGGUAUUUGGGUGCUAUUUAUCAAGGUGAAGAUGCAUUGCUGGAACAUGCUGGAGUGCUUGUUAUGCACCUGUUAGCACUUUUUGUCUGGUACCUAUUUCAUAGUCUGGUAGUACUUUACUGAGAGCACUACUUUUCUAGUUAUUUUGAUGAACAUCCUAAUAAUUUAUUACCCAAACAUUAUCAAAGCAUUCCAUGGUUCUUUCAUUGCCGUUCUUUCCCUUCUGUCCACCAAUGCCCUUUCUUUCCCAUUUAUUUCAUUAUUAAUAUUAAUGCUAUUAAGAAGUUGUGUUCUUUGUUAGGCUGUCAUGGCUUUAAAGUGAGAAAACAUAAAAACUGUAUCAGGUAGCUUUUUCUCAAGUACAUUUAUUUUCCCGCCUAUUUAUUGCGACAUUUUUGCUCAUUGCUUAUUUGCUAUUGCUACAUGUAAUUUUUAUUAAAGACUAUCUGUAUAAAAAUGUGAGUAGUAUAUUUAGUUUUGUGUAAUAUAUUUGCUAAUUUACCCACAUUUAUAAAAUAAAUCACUUAAAGAA